AGCAUAAACUCCGUUUGGCGAACGAGUCCUAGUGUUUCUUUAGGCACCAACUCAGGAUGUCUUCAGCGGACGGUGAGGUUCCUGUUGGUGGAGCGACUCUCCCUGCGCGUUCUGCCUCUGUUCCUGUCCGGAGUGACGGUGUCUUGGGAGCGGAAGAGCUGUUCUAAUUGGUCUCUGAAUGAGAGAUCAUAAUCUUCAGUUCCCAAGAGGGUCCGUGGAUUCACCGCCCUGCACCGUGCACACCGACUACUGUUCCUCCAUUCAGUCCGAAACACGUGGAUUCGGGAUAUAGCUCAUCUCUGCCUUCGUUUUGUAACGUUUUUUGAAGUCACCAGUGUUUGUGAUUGUGUUGGAUUGUGUGUGUUUUAUUCGGGACGCCUGAGGAAGUUUGUCAACAUUUCAUAAUGAGCGACUUAGAGGAGGACUUCGCAAAAAUUUUGAUGUUGAAGGAGGAGAGGAUUCGCGAUUUGGAGAGGCGUUUAGAAGAAAGAGAAGAUGAAAUUCAUGAGCUCAAAAGAAAACUGCACAAAUGCCAGUCGGUUUUGCCGAGCGCGCAGAUGAUCGGACCCAGGACCCGACGCGCACAGGGGAUAUCGGCAGAGCCGCAAACGCAUCAGGACCUGUUCCGACAAACCUUCAGGAAAUAUGCCAAAUCUGACAGGUCCAAGGAGUUGAUCAAAGAAGCCAUCCUGGAUAAUGACUUCAUGAAGAACCUGGAGAUGUCUCAGAUCCAGGAGAUAGUGGACUGCAUGUACCCGGUGGAGUACGGCAAAGAUAGCUGCAUCAUCAAGGAGGGCGAUGUGGGCUCGCUCGUCUACGUAAUGGAAGAGGGCAAAGUGGAGGUGACCAAAGAGGGGCUAAAGCUUUGCACCAUGGGACCAGGGAAGGUGUUUGGAGAACUCGCCAUUCUCUACAACUGCACGCGCACAGCCACGGUCAAGACUUUGGUCAAGGUGAAGCUGUGGGCCAUCGACAGACAAUGUUUCCAGACAAUCAUGAUGAGGACAGGCCUCAUCAAGCAUUCAGAAUACAUGGAGUUCUUAAAAAGCGUUCCCACAUUCCAAGGCCACCCUGAGGAGAUCCUCAGCAAAUUAGGUGAUGUCUUAGAGGAGACGCACUAUGAGAACGGAGAUUACAUCAUCCGACAGGGGGCCAGAGGCGACACCUUCUUCAUCAUCAGUAAGGGAAAGGUGACAGUGACGAGAGAGGACUGCCCUGGUGGGGAGCCUGUGUUGCUACAUUCUCUGGGGAAAGGAGACUGGUUUGGAGAGAAAGCACUGCAAGGAGAAGACAUCAGGACGGCUAAUGUCAUUGCAGCCGAAGCAGUUACUUGUCUGGUUAUCGACAGAGACUCCUUUAAACACCUCAUUGGGGGACUGGCAGAUGAAUCCAGUAAAGGGCAAGAGGAUGCUGAGGCCAAGGCCAAGUACGAGGUGGAGAACGCCUUCUUCUUCAGCAUCAACCUCGCCGACUUUAACAUCAUCGACACGCUCGGGGUCGGAGGUUUCGGCCGAGUGGAGCUGGUUCAGCUAAAGAGUGACGAGUCCAAGACGUUUGCUAUGAAGAUCCUGAAGAAGCGCCACAUAGUGGACACGCGGCAGCAGGAGCACAUCCGCUCCGAGAAGCUCAUCAUGCAGGAGGCUCACUCCGACUUCAUCGUCAGACUGCACAGGACGUUCAAGGAUAGUAAAUACCUGUACAUGCUCAUGGAGGCGUGUCUGGGAGGAGAACUGUGGACCAUUCUCAGAGAUCGAGGUUCAUUCGAGGACGCCACCACCCGUUUCUACACGGCGUGUGUGGUGGAGGCUUUCGCUUAUCUGCAUUCCAAAGGCAUUAUCUACAGAGACCUCAAACCAGAGAACCUGAUACUGGACCACAGAGGCUAUGCUAAACUAGUGGACUUUGGCUUUGCCAAAAAGAUUGGCUUUGGGAAGAAGACAUGGACGUUCUGCGGUACGCCGGAGUAUGUAGCUCCAGAGAUCAUCCUGAACAAGGGCCAUGACAUCUCAGCGGACUACUGGUCCCUGGGCAUCCUCAUGUACGAGCUGCUCACCGGGAGUCCUCCAUUCUCUGGACCGGAUCCCAUGAAGACUUACAACAUCAUCCUAAGAGGCAUUGACAUGAUUGAAUUCCCAAAGAAGAUCACAAAGAAUGCUGCCAACCUCAUCAAAAAGCUAUGCAGGGACAAUCCGUCUGAAAGACUGGGAAACUUGAAAAAUGGUGUCAAGGACAUCCAAAAGCACAAAUGGUUCGAGGGCUUUAACUGGGACGGUCUACGGAAAGGCACCCUCUCCCCUCCCAUCAUCCCCAACGUAACCUCACCAACGGACACAAGUAACUUUGACAGUUUCCCAGAAGACAACGAGGAACCCCCACCUGAUGACAACUCAGGCUGGGACAUGGAUUUCUGAACCCACCAUACACAGACAGACUGAAAGACUAAAUCCAACUACAUAUAUGCACACACACACACAACCACACACACACCCACCCACACACACACACACACACACACACACACACACACACACACACACACACACACAGACACUGUUACAGUGUGGUCUUGGUUCAAGGUCUUAGAGGCAGUCAUAUGAUAGGAAUAGGUCUAGGAUGAGGCCACCAAUAUGCCUUCGCACUGGGAGAGAGCUCAAGUGGGAUUUCAGGGCUUGUUCACACAAACAAACAGACAGACACACACACAAACUCCAAACGUAGCUCAAAUAUAAGCGAUGCCUAUCAAAGAGUGUGACUGCAAAAAGUAUGUGUGGGAAUGUUUGCAAAUGUAUGUUCGGGAGAGAAAGACUUACAUUGACUUAAUUUGCGUGAAUGGACAGUAUGUGUUUAUGUGUGUUCUAUUUAGAUAUUUUUGUGUGGACGCUAUUUACUGUAGGUCAGGAUAGGGUGGGUAGGGGUUGACUCAUAAGGACCUCGUGCAUGUCUCCCAUGACGGCCUCUGACUGGUUGGAACACUGGUUCAUGCACCAAUCUCUGUGAAAAACGAUGCCUGAGUGUCCAAAAAGCUAAAUGCUCAUUGGCUCAAAUCACUGUACGUCCAAGCUCAUCCAGCCUAUCAGGAGAGGAGAGCUGUAGACAGACCUGAAUGUUGUUGCUCUUAAUUUAGUCAUGCAUAUGGCACAUGUACAUAGCCACAUAUAAACACUCCAACUCGUGUGCAAACACUCACUUACAUAGCGUAGUAGUAUUUAUCUCUUAAAUGAAAAAGAAAAGACAAAAAGUACAAGGAUGGUUUUGUUUGUAUUUCUUUUAAGUUUACUUCAAGAUUAAGGGACAUAUUUUAUUUUGACUGACCUUACAUUUUCAUGUAUGACCCAUCUGCAAAAGAAGCUUUUGUCACAUACAAUCCCAGCAUUCUCUCGCUUUCUCUCUUUUUCUUUCUUACUUUCUUUCUCUCUUUUUCUUUCUCACUUUCUUUCUCUCUCUCUCUCUCGUAGUUCUGCAGUUAUGUAGGCGUUGUGGAUGAGCAUAUGCUGUGCCGAAUCACAGCCCCACAAAUAGAACACGUGUGCCUCUCAAAUAGAAAUUCGUUCAUUUCAUUUCUCAGAGAGCCCUUCUGUAGCCACAGUCUUCAUAUUUCCCACCGUCAUUUUCUGACUGCAGUGGUUUGUGUGGCUGUGGAAGCGCAGCCAACCUACUGUUCCUCUGCUAACCUACGCUCCACAGGACAGCGUCCAGAGGAGCGUCCAACGCUACCAUUCCUUUAGGCCACUUCCGGGUGUUGCACAGAGACAUUAUGUAAAUAUUUCAACACGGCUGUUAUUGAUAGUAGCCUUCGUGCUAAUGUUUGUUGAAGCUAUCUCGGACCAUGACAAAAAUCUUGACUGUCAAUAGCAGACAAUGGCAGCAUAUUUCUUUGUGUAAUUUCAUCUGCAAUCGUAUGAUUGCAGUUACCAACCAGAAUACCUGUGAGUAUUGGGUAUAUACCUGUGAUCACCUACGUGACUUAAAGACCUGCUGCACCUGUACUGGAAUAUGACAUCAGUAGUGUUGUGUAAGGCUUUUUAUUGUGAUCAAGUAUGCUCACCUGGGAUGAAAUGAUUAACUAGGUUACAGCUGGUCAUGCAUGGUCAGUUGGUUACAAAGUACUUUUGGCCUUAAACCUAAUCCCUGUGAAUAGUUUUGCCCGGUGUUGUGAUUACAGUGAAAAACUGUAAGCUGGGUUAAGGUCACUGCAGGGUCACUCACAACCCAUCCAUCCAGCACACUUCCACCCAUCUACCAUCAGUGUUAAAUCAAGUGCCUUAAUACAAAUGGCAUGACUCCCCAAAACACCGUCCUACACCAACACACCUUAUAGAGCUGCAGCCCAACCAUCAACUCCAAAUAUAUAUUUAUUUAUUUUUCAUUUCUUUCUAUUGGUUUCCCCUCUUCCUUUGUGUAAUAAACAAAAAGUGACAAACCAAACAUGAUCAGGUGAAUUUCCUUUAACAGCCUCCAGUAUAUCUUAGUUUGCACAAUCAGGCCUAGUGUGAUAUGAACAUAAUGCAAAAGUAAAUAGUAGAUAAACACUAUGAGAGGCUCUGUUGGGCUCCAUGCCAUCCUUCACAUGGGUUCAGUUUGUAGAAAUAUGAGAGUUGUGUUUGACAACUUUGAUUAUGCCUUGCCUGGCUGCAUUGAGGUGCUCUCCUCUGUCCAGCCGUCAACAUCCCCUUUCGGCCAAUGGUAAGACCUGAGGACUGUCCCCUACAUUCUCCAGAGCCCAGUCUUUUACACCCUACAGUAGUGUGUGCUCUUAGUCCAAAUGAUGGUGGAACCAUAGAUGUGGACUGUCUUUAAUGAUUAAUACCAAUCAACGAGGAGUCAGCAGUGAUGAUAUGCAGAUUGAAAGCAGAACAAGGAGAUAUGUCCCACACAUAGCAUUUCAUCAUUUCAUUUCAGUUUGGGGGGGGGGGGGGGGGGCGACACACAUCUAGACCUUAUCACCCUGUGCAUCUUUCAUUCUGUUGUUACUGUAUAUUUUUUUUCAAAUGCAGAGAAUGCCAGUAUGGCCUAGAACCUUAUGUGUGAGAUGUGUGAUGAUCUUCUGGUUCUACCUAUAGGAUUAUAAAAACAACAUACAUUCUUACUUGUUUUAUCAUGGUCGGCAAUUUCUAAAACAUUUUAGAUAUAGACAAACAGUAAGGAUUAAGCAUGCUCUCAAGCAUGACGAUUAGGCUGUCUUAACACAUUGUUUGCAAUUAUUCAAGACAAAAUGUGUAAGUACUGUUCAAUUUGACUUGGGAUUUUGAUGUAAGGGACUGUUCGUUAUUUAUAAACGGGGCCACCGGAGGAAAAUAGG